AUGGCUGCGCCCAGGAGCGCCGAGGGCCGGGACGAGGAAGAGGAGGCGGCGGCGGCGGCGGCGGGGCUGCAGCGGGCGGUGGGCGGCCUGCAGCUCUUGCUGGGCCGGAGCGCAGGCACCGGCCCGUCGCCGGAGUCGCUGCGCCUCGGGCUGACCGCGCUGGAGGAGAGGCUGGCCCGGGACCCCCAGUGGGCUUCCCUGCGCUGGGCGAGGACCGAGGUGGCCCAGCGGGCCCCGGGGCUGAGUCCCGGCCCCGACCCGCCCUGGGCCGCGGCCUGCCAGGCGCUUCUGCUGCUGCUCUGCCUCAAGCGCUGCCUGGUCCGCCUGGCAACCGCGACCCCCGCAGCCAGCCCGGGCGAGGCCGGGGGCCCGCCUCCGCUGCGCCCGGACGCCCUGAGCAUCGCCCAGGAGGGGACCGUGCAGGCGGCAGCGCAGCUGGCGGUGGCCUUGGGCCUCCGCCCUUACCUGCUGCCCGGGGUGGCGCCCCCGCCCCGGGACAAGGCCGGCCUGCUCGCCGCCCAGCCCGAAGCCCCGCGGAGGCUCCUCGCCGCCUGCAGUGCCCUGGUGGAAGUGGCCGAGCACCCUGAGCUGGGCAGGCUAAUCCUGGUGCGCCACCUGGGCGACCUGCUGGCUGGGCUGGCCCAGCUAGGCUUCUGCCCCGCAAGGAAGGCCCAGGUAGGUGCCGAGAUGCAGGGCCUGACCGAAGGGGAACGGAGCAGCUGCAAAGAAGCCUUGCAAGGCCUUUUGGACAAAGUGUACCAGCCCCUGGUGGUCCAGGAACUGCUGCUGCUUCAAGGGGGCGCUAAGCGGGCCUCCUGUCCCAGCCAGCAGAAGAAGGAGCCUUGUAUGGCACCAGCACCAGCCUGGCUUCAGCGCCUUUGUGGGCAUCUGCUAUCCGGGAGGCUGUUAAGACCUGGUGGAGUUCAGGCUGUGAUCCGUGGCAUCCUGGAGGGAGCCGGAGCUGGGGCUGUAGCGGGCAGCAGUGCAGAAGCGGCAGCAGCCGACUGGCAGAAGUGCGAGGCUGUAGCCAAGAUCCUGUCCUCGUGUCCUCAGCAGUCUCUGUCCCUGGAGGAUUAUUGUCAACAGAUUUGCCCACAGAUCCUGCAGCUGUUUCUCCUCCAGGAUAAGCUGAUGAUGCACCAGUUCCAUCGCGUGGCGACCGCAACCGUCCUCGCCAUGGCCAGGCAACAUCCCCAGCAGGCAGAGAAGCACCUGCUGCGUCCCCUGCUGGAGCCUCUCCUGCGCUGCCUGGGGGGGGCAGAAGGUUCCCUGGGAGACGUGCCAGCUGGGGCGGUGCUGGUGGAAGAGGAGUUGCUCUCGGGGUGCGUGGAAACGGUGCAUAAGGUCUGUGUGGUCGGGAAUGAGCCCUCGCCUUGCCUCUUGGGUGCCCUGCAGCCUGCGCUGGGGGCCGUCUUCUCCCUCUGGUGCUUCACCAAGCAGAACGUGUCCUUCUUACGCACCCCCUGCCAGGAGAUCUUGCUAUGGUUCCUGGAGAAGAGCGAGCGACGGGCUUCUCUGGCGGCCCUGGAAGGCCUGGCAGAGCUCAGAGGGAGCCCCCGCCUGCCCCACCCCCACUGCCACUUCCAGGUGGGUGGAGGAGGGGGCGUGGCGGCCACCAUCCAGGAGCCUGUGAGUGACGAGGACGAGGCCCUCUAUCGGAAGCUUUCGUUGGAGCAGUGGCAGCUGGAGCAGCUGGUGGACUUGCUGUCUCGCUGCCGGAGGGGCCGCCUAGCGGGAGACUUCUUCCUGGGCUGCUUAAAGGAGCUGACCCAGGUGGCCUCUGAGGAGGACCCUGCGCCCCCUUCGCAAGCCGCCCCCCUGGAUCUGGAGCAGCUCUGCAACCCAGCCCUCCCCCAGCAGAGGAGGCAGCUGCAGGUGCUUCGGGUGGUGGCCCUGCUGACCGAGGCCCUUUCGGACUCUCUGCUCACCGAUGUCAGGCAGGUGGUGGACUUCGUGGCAGCCACUCUGCAGCGGGCCUGUGCAGGUCUCUCCAGGGGCUCGGUGGGCCCCGUGGAGUCCCAGACGCUCAGCAUGGCUGUGGGGCUGGGGGCGGCCAUGCUGGGGGGGGUCCUGGAGCUGGCGUCCUGCUUGGCAGCCGUGGUCAAAACCGACCGGGAAGCUGAGGUCCGUAGAGCCGCGGUCCACGUGGUGGUGCUUCUCCUGCGGGGGCUGAGCACGAAGGCGGUGGAGGUUCUCCGCGAUGUCCUGCUGGAUCUUUACCGCCUGCUGAAGUUCGUGGGGCGCUGCGAGGAAGACGAGGUGACGGUGCUGCAUGCUCAGCUGGCCUUGGAAGAGCUGGACAGCCUCCUCAGGCCGCUCCUCUUCCCGCCACAGACGCUGCAGAAGAAGAUGGAGAUCCUGCCCUACUAGGCUGCUGCUCCGGAGGGCCACGGAGCCCUGUCCCUGCAAAGCCCUCGGGCGUGGCCUCCCUGGCAGCUUCUGUGGGAACUCGGCCCCGUGGCGCAGACUCUGGACAGGCUCAGCUUUCUUGUGUGGGGCUCCAUCCCCACUGAGAAGCAUUGGGCGGGGCGGGACAGGUCAUCCCAGG